AUGAGUGGAAUGGUGUCCACAAAAGAGCUGAUCUCUCGUCUGUCGCGAAACACGUUAUAUCUGUCGCUCAUCUCAUCCGCGGGUCUAUUGCUGUCAUUGUAUUCGCUAUACAUUGAAGUCCGUCACGAAAAUAGUGGCAAAUUUGACGCCUUUUGUGACAUCAAUUCAUACAUCAGUUGUUCUAAAGUAUUCCUCUCGAAAUAUGGCACUGGUUUCGGAGUAUUGCCGCCGCCAUUGAAUUUGCCGAAUCCAGUGUUUGGUAUCAUUUUCUACUUCUUUCAGAUCAUAAUAUCCAACAUCUCGUAUAAUAACGUAUUUCUGGCCAAACUAUACAUCGCUAACGCCGUCCUCUCGAACAUCGGUUCCGUAUAUUUGGCGUACAUUUUGGCGUUUGUGUUGAAGAACUUGUGUAUAGUAUGUGUAGCCAUAUAUGCCGUCAACUUUGCGAUGCUUUUGGUGUCCAUUAGAAGAUAUCGUAUAAUCACUUCAUAUAAACGAUACAAAAAAGAGUGA